AAACUACAAAAUACAAUAAAAAAUCGUAGCUUUUCGUGUAAAACCCCAAACCCCAAAUCAGACGUGUCUGUCUUUGAUUCUGCAAGACGAGGAAGAAAGUGUUGUUUGGAAUCUCUCUCUCCCUUUUUGGUUAUAUUCGUCAGAAGUAAAUAAUAAUGGAGGACGUCAGCUCCACGGCGAGUAAUGUGGCCCGAGCGAUUCUCGCCGUCCUCGAUUAUAGCUCCACGUCCGACACUCGCAAAUCGGCUGUCGAAUUCCUUGAAUCUAUAAAAUCUGGAGAUGUAAGGGUUUUGGCAAAUACUUCUUUUCAUCUUGUGAAGAAGGAGUGGUCUCCUGAAAUUCGUCUGCAUGCUUUUAAGAUGCUUCAGCAUCUGGUCAGACUACGAUGGGACGAAUUAAGUCCUCCGGAGUGCAGGGAUCUUGUUAAUGUUUCUAUUGAGCUAAUGUCAGAGGUUGCUAAUGCAUGCGAGAAUUGGCCUCUUAAGAGUCAGUCAGCUGCCCUUGUAGCUGAGAUAGUUAGAAGACAAGGACCUGAUUUUUGGCAAGAGAUAUUUACAUUAUUGACUUCCUUGUCUGCUCAGGGCCCCGUGCAAGCUGAAUUGGUCUUGAUGACGCUGAGAUGGCUUCCUGAAGAUAUUACAGUUCACAAUGACGACUUGGAAGGUGACAGGCGUAGGCUAUUGUUGCGGGGACUUUCUCAAUCUUUGCCUGAGAUUUUGCCUUUAUUGUAUAAUCUUCUUGAACUACACUUUGGAGCUGCAAUAAGAGAAACUGGUAGGCAAAACGUUGACCUGGCAAAACAGCAUGCAAAUGUGGUUAUAGCUUGCUUGAAUGCCAUCAUCGCAUAUGCUGAUUGGGCUCCUGUUCCAGAUCUUAAGUAA